ACAGAGAUAUCACUCUGUCCUCGUCUCUCUGUCAACCUCACUCAUACGAUCCUGGCAGUGGUGCUAUUACAAUGUCGUCUGCUGUGAUUGCUUUGCCCCAGACGGCUCCGGCCAAGUCUCCAAAGAAGAGAGCCAAGUCUCAGAGAAAGAAGACGGGUCCCACAGUGUCAGACCUGAUACUGAAGGCAGUUUCUCAGUCCACAGAGCGCGGCGGGGUGUCCCUGGCAUCCCUGAAGAAGACACUAAAGGCCGGAGGAUACGACGUGGUGAAGAACAAAGCCAGAAUCCUCAUCGCUAUUAGACGCUUGGUGGCUAACAAAUCCCUCGUCCAGACCAAAGGCACCGGGGCAUCGGGCUCCUUCAAGCUGAACAAGAAGCCCCCCACACCACGAAAGAAGAAGGUGGUGAAAAAGAAGAAACCAAAUGCAAAAAAGGUCAAGAAGACCAGGGCCAAGAAAGCAGCCGGAGGUGACACUCCAGCAGCCAAGAAGUCACCUAAGAAAAAGAGGAAGGCAAAGAGUCCUAAGAAAGCCAAGAGGCCCGCUGCAGCCAAGAAGCCCAAGAAGCCAAAGAGUCCUAAGAAAGCCAAGCGCAGGGUUGCCAAGUCUACCAGGACCAGGGCUGCAAAGAAGUGAACACUCUCCCACUGAACACUAAAUGCCGCUCAGUGCCACGUUUAACUGUGUGUGGACUAAAUGUCUGCAUUCAUUCCAAGAACUUGAGUUUGCUUGAGCUAUUUUACAGCUUUUCUAUAGUAGAAAAUACUGAACCUGCUGUUUUUACACACCUUUUCUUGCCAUUAUCUGCGGUUUGCAAUGAACUGAAUUGCAGUGUUGUUGGAAAUAAUAAACCUAUUUUAAUUUAUA